AUGGCAAUAGAAAAGACCACGAAUGAAUUCGCGACUGUUUAUUCAAGUAGAGACAGUCUUGCAAAUGACUCGUUUCAAGAAUAUGACAGUCCUCAGGCAAGGGUGUUUAAAAUAAUCGUCAUCGGGGAUUCAAAUGUUGGAAAGACAUGCCUUACUUACAGGUUUUGCGGUGGUGAAUUUCUCGAUAAUCCCGAGGCAACAAUCGGAGUGGAUUUUAGAGAAAAGACCCUGCAACUUGAUGGGGAAAACAUAAAGUUGCAGAUAUGGGACACAGCAGGACAGGAGCGCUUCAGGAAGAGUAUGGUGGAGCAUUACUACCGCAACGUCCAUGCCAUCAUCUUUGUGUAUGAUGUGACCAGUCUGGCUUCAUUUGAAAGCCUGCCAGAAUGGAUUGAGGAGUGUGGCCGUCACUCAGUCCCUGCCAUGGCACCCCAUAUCCUAGUUGGGAACAAAUGUGACUUAAGAGGAAGAAGAGAGGUGUCCACUUUCUUUGCUCAGCGACUUGCUGAUAGCUACAACUUUCCCUUAUUUGAGACAUCUGCAAGGGACCCUGGAGAAAAAGAGCAUGUAGAUGCCAUUUUCCUCACCUUGGCCUACAGGCUGAAGAAUCAGAAGCCGCUGAGACUGAAACAGCCCAGUGAGAGCAGCUUCUUACAGCUCUCUGGUGACCAGGAGGUGAAGACUCCCUGUUAUUGCUAAAUAACAGGGAGUCCCUUGAAAAGUGAGAGGGAGAUGUGUUGGUGUCUACAUGCAGUUUACAAAUGUCUUUGGAAGCAUGAAAUGGGGAUCAAGCAGACUUUGGCCAUUUUUGUUGUGUUAAACCGCAUUUUUUAAAGCAGAUGACAUUUCAUGUAUCAGAUGGACCUCCAUAUAAUACAUUGUAUUAUAGCAUCUUAUAAUUAAAGGCCAUUGUCAACUGUCUCCAUCUACAAUGACAUGAAGACCUCACUCUAUUGGACAUGUUUUAACAUUAUCCGUCUGUAUUAACUUAGCAUGUUGUUCCUGUAUGAUAUGGUUUAGAAUAUAAAUUGACAAUUCCGGUAGGUUGCUAUGAUUACAUUUUUAAAGGCAAUCUAGGGCAUUUAUGCUGAUCAGAAAAAACACUUUGGCACCUCAUUACUAUGCACCACAACAAUGAGCAUUCUGCAAUGUUAAAUCUUUCCAUACAGGUAUGGAAUAUUAAUUAACAUUGAAUAUUUGAGGCUAUGGGUACUUUUUCUCUGUAAAGUAGAAAUGGUACGUCUCAUCUUUAGAAAAUAAUUUUUGCAUGCUGACUCAAACUAAAGACUGUAACUGAAAAGCUAAUGCUAUUACUGAUUCUAAUAUGGACACUAAUGGGCGCCACUUUCAGGGCUGUGUUUUAAAUGGAUAGUUCACCCAAAAAUGUAAAUUCUCUAAUCAUUUACUCACCCAAAGAUGUUUAUGACUUUCUUCUGCUGAACACAAACAAAGAUUUUUAGAAGAAUAUUUCAGCUCUGUAGAUCCAUACAAUGCAAGUGUAUGGUGGCCAUAACUUUGAAGCUCUAAAAAUGACACCUAGGCAGCAUAAAAGUAAUCCAUACAACACCAGUGGUUAAAUCAAUAUCUUCAGAAGUGAUUUGAUAGGUGUGGGUUAGAAACAGAUCAAUAUUUAAGGCCUUUUUUUUACCUUAAAUUCUCCUCACUGCCCAGUAGGUGGCGAUAUGCACAAAGAAAGCAAAUCACCAAGGACUUAAAUAUUGAUCUGGUUUGGCAUGAGGGUUAGUAAAUGAUUAGAGAAUAUUAACUUUUGGGUGAACUAUCCUUUUAAGCACUUAUCUGAAACAAAUCAAGGAAAGGUUUCAAAACAAGGAAAAACUACAUGAUAAAUAUAUAAAACAAAUCAUAAUGACACAUUUCAUAUUGGUAUUUAAUGAUGUUUGGUGUCUUAUGCAGAUAAGGUAAAAAUAAAUCAUCAACAUGUCUUAAAGACUAGAUUUGACAGGAACAUAUUUUUUGUGCGUGGAUUAUGACAACCUUUUUUGUAGGCAAUAGCAUUUUGAAAACUGACUGAAUUGGUCUUUAAAUUGAUAAGAUUGUGUCAUGUCUAAAGAUUGUCUUGAUGAUUUGAAAUCACAAAAAAAUUGUUGUACUCGAGAGAAACUUGUUGUCAUUGUGUAAAUAGUUUGAACUGACUCUGGAAUGUGUGUUCAAUUGUUGUAAAAGGUUAUUUAACUUUGAAACCAAAUAAAAUGUACAACAGAAAGUCAUUAUUUUUUUAAUAUAUAUUUACAAUUGUAAUCAAGCAUGGUCAAAGAGAUUUUUUUAUUUGAUGAAAAAAAAACAAGUGUUCCAAGGUCAUGAAAAACCUGGAAAGUAUAAAAAU